GAGCCCAAAAGAUUGAUUUAAUGAAGCGAAUGGGGAACAAAAUAGGCCCAAUACAAAAGGAAUUGCCACUCCGGUAACUCUCACCAUUUCCGUUGAUACCCAAAGUGGAAAACACGAGAUACACUCAGAAGCGAUGCAGCAACCUCAGGCGACGGCGACUGGAGCCACGGCGGCCACUCAGGCUCACUCCACGGAGGCUCCUCCUAAGCAGGUGGCGCUGGCAAUGGAUCGUUUGUCUCACGCGGCUCGGCUCAUAGCCGACAUUCGGCUCGGCGCUGAUCGCCUCCUUGAAGCUCUCUUCGUCGCUGCGCAGCCUCACCAAAGCAAUAAACCUGUGCACUUCUUCCAGAACGAAGAUGAUUCUAUGCGUCAACAUUUCCAGGAUCUUCGCUCUGUUGGAAAGCUGCUAGAAGAGUCUGGGGUUCUUAGCGAAUCGCUUCGGUCGCGAAGUAAUUCAUGGGGGCUGCACAUGCCCUUGGUUUGCCCGGACGGUGCAGUGGUUGCUUACGCCUGGAAACGUCAACUCGCCGGUCAGGCUGGCGCUUCUGCCGUUGAUCGAACCAGGUUGGCUCUUAAGGCCUUCACUGAUCAGAAGAGGCGAUUUUUUCCUCACCUUGAUGAUGAGGGUCAAAAUGGUCAGGAUACUGAACCGAAUCCAAAGAAACAACGUGGUCCACAAGUAGUUCCACCUAUUCAUCAGGAAGAGCUUAGUGAUUGUAAAACACUAUCAGACAUUCUGACUCGUUUGGAAAAAGAAGUGCCGAAUUUAAAAAUUCUAACCUAUGAACGAAUGGACUGGUUGAAAAGAGCUUCUUCCCUGCCAAAUGAGGGUCCCAUAGAAAAACUGAAGGAACACAAUUUUCAUAGUUCAAAUAGAUUAAAACCAGGUCCUCUGAGUGAUGUUGAUGUAGAUAAGGUUGCUGUAAUUGAAUUGUCAUUUCCUUCUGUCUUCAGAGCUGUAGUAUCUUUGCAUCCUGCUGGUUCUAUCGAUCCAGAUGCAGUAGCUUUCUUUUCUCCAGAUGAGGGAGGCAGCUAUAUGCAUGCAAGAGGUGUUUCAGUUUAUCAUGUAUUUAGACAUAUAACGGAGCAUGCUGCGAUGGCUUUGCAGUAUUUUCUUGGAGUUGAAGCUGAAACAGCUCUAUAUUCCCUUUUGCAUUGGAUAUGCAGCUACCAAAAUCUAUUCUCAAAAGUUUGCAGUAAGUGUGGGCGAUUGCUUUCUAUGGAUCGGCAAUCAGCUUUAUUGCUACCUGCUAUUUACCACCCUUACCAGCAACAGUUCUUCCAUUUAAAACUUUCAUCUACCCAACCUAAUUCCUCGGUGAAGGAUCAAAUCUCAAAUCUUGAUCGGGUUUAUCACAUUGGGUGCUUUUCAGAGGAUACUUAAUUUGUAUAUUUUGCUAGGUAUUAUUUGCUGGCUGAUUCUCGGCCAUAUGACCAUGCCACUGCGAAUUGCAUGUGUGGUGUUGCGAAUAGCCUUGGCCUUAUUAUAAUUAUUUGCUUUGUCCAUAAUUCUCAGUUAGUUUUCCUUUUUACUCCAUACACAUUGAUAAUACAAUCUUUUGACAUUAAGGCCUCAUUUUGAUAGUGGCAUUGGAUUGGAUUAUUUUUAUAUUGUAACUUUGUUAUCAAAUUAGAGAGACGCUGCAAAGAUUAAAUCCCCUUAGUUAGGGAUAACUUAAUCCAA